AUGAUGAAAAAAGCUUUAGCAGACGGAACACUCAAAGGCAUACAGAUAACCAGAAAUUGUCCCAAACUAUCACAUCUAAUGUUUGCCGAUGAUGCGAUAUUCUUUCUGGAUGGAAACUUGACAGAGUGUCAGAAUAUUGCCCAAAUACUCAGCCAAUAUUGCUACGCUACAGGACAGGCAAUUAAUCUAAAUAAAUCAGGGGUUGUUUUCAGUGGCAAUUGUCCAGAAGCUUUGAAACACAACUUGGCAACACAAUUGAGAGUACCUAUUCUACAGAAAACAGGGAAGUACCUGGGUAUACCUACUGAGUGGGGUCAUUCCAAGAAAGAACUAUUUGCGUGGAUCCUGGCCAGAGUCAAUGCAAAGUUAGCGGGUUGGAAGGAAAAAUUAUUGACAAAAGCAGGAAAGGAAGUGCUAAUCAAGAGUGUUGUGCAAUCUAUACCUACCUACGCAAUGUCUAUCUUCAAGCUGCCAGUGUCCAUCUGCAGAGCCAUAGAACAACGCAUUGCGUCAUUUUGGUGGCAGAACGGAGAUGCUAAGAGAGGGAUGCAUUGGAAAAGAUGGGAAGUAUUGAAAACUCGAAAAGAUGAAGGCGGCCUCGGGUUCAAAGAUCUGCUCACCUUUAAUAGGGCCAUGUUAGGCAAGCAAGUAUGGCGACUUGCUACCUCUCCAUCAGCUCUAUGGAGCAAAGUGAUGAAGGGAUUUAUUUCCCCCACGGUGACGUCUGGACAGCGUCAAAGGGACACCGACCCUCAUGGGGUUGGCAUAGUCUAA